CCUCCUGCUGGGACGUGCUGCACUGGCUCCAGCAGCCCAAGAGUUGCUCUGUGCAACACUCUCAGGAUGGGUGAGAGCAUAACGUACACUGAGCUGUGGUUUUCCAAUGCCCCCCCGGAACAAAGUGUGACAUGCAGGGCACAAGGGACAGCCCCACCAGCCCCAGAUGAGGCCAAGGACAUCUAUGAGACCCUUCAGCUGGGCCCGGUGACUGAGGGGCCACUCGGGCCUGGGACCCAGCGGUGCAGAGAGCAUCGGUGGAGCACGCGUCCCCUGCUCCUGGUCCUAUUGGCAGCCUGCCUGGCCCUGCUGGCCACCACCAUCGCCCUGGGAGUCUGCUAUUGGCAGCAAGGGCAGCAGCUGAGGCAGGCGCGAGAGGAGAUGGUGAAGUGUCAGAAGGAUUCCCAGGUCUUUCAGAAGUCCCUGAACAUGAUUGCAAGAGCCCUGGCCCGCGUGCAAGCCUGUCAGGUCACAGACUGCUGCCCAGAGCCCUGGGUGCUGCAGUGCGGGAAGUGCCUGUUCCUCUCCAAGGAGAAGAAGACAUGGUGGGAAAGUCUAGCAGCUUGUGCAGGGGAAUCCUCCCGGCUCCUUGUCUUCCAGGACUGGGACCACAUGGCUAUGCUGACAUGUCCUGCUCACAAAGAUGCCCCAUACUGGAUUGGACUCAGAUUCAGACGGGACUCCAAGUCACGCAUGCAGCAGUGGCAGUGGGAGGACGGCACCCCGUACAACCUGUCUGGGAGCGAGACACCUCGUGGUCAUUUUGGAACAAUAAAAGAGGGCAGAAUAGAGAGAAAAGGCCGGCUUACUGACAAGCACCACUGGGUCUGUGAGAAGCUGUCAGCUGCCCCCAGGAAGCCAACCCCAGGGCAUGAAUGCAGGAAUGCUUCUGUCAGGAUGCUCCAAGGACCGGUGCCAGCACGAUCCCUCCCAGCACCAAGGGCUCAGCACUCCCCAAACCAUCCAGCAGACAGGCCCUAGCAGGGCAUUAGGGGAUGUGACUGGGAUCUCCAAGCUACGCCAGACCCCUGAUGCAGCCAGACAAGGCAGCGCCUCUGACCUGCCCCCAGCACAAUUGUGAGUGUGGGGGGCUCAGAGUCCCUCUCCUUUCCCAGCAGCGGGCUCAGCAGAGCAGUGAUGCCCCACUGCCAGGUGCCUUCCCACAGCCACAUGCACGUGUGGGCUCCAGCUCUGCGGGUCGCAGCUCCAGCUCUCUUUCUUAUCUGCUCCAUGUGGCAUGGCCACUGCCCCGGUCUGGGCCCAUGGGCUGUAUGCAUGAUGCCCGUGCACAGACCCUGGCAGUGGGGCUGGAGGGAACCUCCCACCCUGCAGUGUCUGCACCCUGCAUCCUUCUCCUCCGGGCAACCCUGCACCAACCCCACCUUCCUCCGGCUGCAGCCCCCUCCCCACAGCAGCCCAUGCUGCCUCAGAGCCAGCAGACAGAGCCCUGUUCCCUAAUCCUGGCUGCUCUCCCUCUCACACACACCCAGCCAGGGCAGGAGGGGCCCCUGCAGGCAGCCAGGGAGUCCUGGCAGCCCCAGGGUCACUACCAACAUGGUGCCAGGCACUGGCCUAGGCACCGGCCCUGUGCAUCAUGCAGAUCAG